CCAUUUCGACUUUCGAGCGCAGAAACGAGAGGGCCGGAGCAGCCGCAGUCCCGGCGAUCCCGCCGCCGGUCGCCCUCAUACUUCCUCGUCACUGCCUUCGAUGGUACCCGUUUGCGUGUGAGCUUGCAAAAUCCUGGGCUUGGUCAUCUUUCUUCAGAGUUUCUCUUUCCAACAAUCAAGAUGAGCCGUGGCGGUAGCGCGGGUGGUGGUCAAAGUUCUCUGGGUUACCUCUUUGGAAGCGGUGAGCCCCCCAAACCAGCAGUGGCACCAGCUGUAAGUGCUCCACCUGCUGCUGCAGGUGCUCCACCUGCUGAGAAACCACCUGCUGCAAAGCCUGAUGGCACCAGUCAGAUUGCUGCUGGGGUUACCAGCCAAACCAAUAACUACCACAGGGCCGACGGUCAGAACACCGGAAACUUCCUUACGGACCGUCCUUCGACCAAGGUCCACGCUGCUCCUGGCGGUGGCUCUUCCCUGGGAUACCUGUUUGGUGGCAACUGAUGCCGCUCACCAAGCUAUCACCCCCCACUGUCGCCGCAUGCUUUUUCUGAAUCGUGAACAGCCGUUGUCAUUUCAUGUGUACCCAAACCUCCCGUCCCGCGUGGGCCCGUAAGCUGCGCCUAGAUUUCAGGGCUAAUCGUGUGCCUGAACCCUCAUCAUAAGUCGUCUCUGUACCCAGCUUCUCGUUUCGUUUGCACCCGUGAUGGUAUGGUUUGGUUGUUGCCCGCUGGACCUAUCUAUUCUUUGCAUUUUUCCUUUGAAAUGUAUCCUUGCCCAUUUC